GGACGAAGUUUGUAUUUAGACAAGUUCUUAUUCUUAGCAACGACAGUUUUUCUUGUUCUGUCGGUCGUGAACUUUUCAGGGACAUCUUCUCUUGGAACAAGAUAAAAUAGAAAAUCGAAAUGAAGUUUCCCAUACUCAUUUUCGCCAUAGUUUGCGGAAUAAGGGCUGCGCCAACUGAAGAAGAUGCUUUACAGGAGUUUAUCAUUGGAAAUCGUAAAUUUACAGCAGCCAUUUACAAGGAGCUGAUCAAAGUGAACGAGGGUAAUUUGAUUGUUAGUCCUUUCUCUGCCGAAACUAUCUUAGCACUCACGCAUGAAGGCGCUAAAGGUGAAUCAGCUUCUGAAUUAGCUACUGGUCUCUUCCUUCCAAAAACCAAGGAGAGGACUCGUGCAGCAAUGAAAUCCUUCUUGCCAAAAUUGAAGAAGUCUGACGAUGACUUGAAGUUAUUAUCAGCCAAUAAGAUUUAUGUUGCUAAUGAUGCCAAACUUGAAGACGACUUCAGAGCAACUGCGGAAAAUGUUUAUGAUUCAGGUCUUGAGAAUAUCGACUUUGUUCAGAAUGUGAAAGCAGCUGACACAAUGAAUGAAUGGGUUGAAAGCCGCACCAAUAAUAAAAUCAAGGAAUUGAUCAAUUCUGAUGACAUUGACGGUGAUACAAAACUCGUUCUGAUAAACGCAUUGUACUUCAGUGGAAAAUGGCAGAACCAGUUCGAAGAUUACCUCACAUCAAAGAAGAAGUUUUACAAAUCAAAGGACGAGUCUGUAGAUGUAGAUAUGAUGCACCAGACUGAAUAUUUGAAAUAUUACGAAAAUCCAAAACUGAAUGCUAAAUUUCUCGAACUGCCAUAUCAAGGUUCUAACAUCAGCAUGAUCAUUGCCUUACCAAACGAAAAAGAAGGUUUGGCGGAACUUGAACAAAAUAUCGAAGAACUCCUGGAACCGCAGCCAUUAAAAUUCGAAAGAGUGGAUGUUCAACUACCUCGUUUCACAAUUGAAAGUGAAAUCAAAUUCAUACCCAUUUUGAAGAAAUUGGGUAUCAAUAAAGUAUUUGGGAGAGAAGCCGACUUGAGUGGUCUAUCAUCAACACACAAGGAUCUCGUUAUUUCCGACGUCGUUCAGAAAGCAUUCAUCAACGUAACUGAAAGUGGCACCGAGGCUGCCGCAGCUACCGCAGUUUUGUUUGCGGAAGCCGCGGCAAUAAUAUACGAUCAUCAACCCCCGAAAGUUUUCUACGUGCAACAUCCCUUCUUUUAUUGCAUUGUCAAGGAUGGCGUUAUACUAUUUGCUGGACGUGUUGCCAACUGAUUCCUGUAUCGAUAUCUUUUUUACUAGUUUUCUAUCAAUGAAUAAUAGAAUAGUUACCACAAUUUCACUUCGGUCACUAAAUAUAUAAAGCAAAACAUGACAUCCAUUUUAAAGCGAGAAAACUCAUUUCUUUAUGCUAUUCUAAUUAAUUAUAUAUUCAAAAUUAAAGUGAGCUCCAAGUUCAUAACUGAAGUGGAAUUGGGUUAUGUUUUUCGAAUAAAUUAAUAACUAUAGUUGAA